UAGAAAGAACCACGAAACGAAGCGUUUUUGGCGGACUUGAAUUUGCUGAAUCGAGGAUCCCUCCAAACUUCCCCGGUAUCGGAGAUUCGGAGAAGCUGAAGCAUGGCAGCAUCUACUUCACACGGCGGCGGCGCCGCCCGAUUAAGGAACGCUGCUACAACCUUCUGCUCCGACACUCAGCCUCUCAUUGCUGAUAUCCGAAAAACCGUGCUUCUCAUGAAGGAAAUCGCAGUUCAAUUCGAGAAGGAAAACCUUUCUGACAAGGUGAAGGAGUUGGAAGAUGCGGUUGUUGAGUUAGUAGGUUUAUCGGAAAUCAGUGUGCAUUUUUCUUCUGCAGUUCAAGGUUUUGCGAAUACUUACCAGCCUCGAGAACAGUUGACUAAUUUUAAUAAGUUGUUUGAGGAUGAACUUUCCAAGUUUAAGGCCAACUCUGCAUCAGAUCUUUAUAAAAAUCCUUUAAUUCGCCAAUUUAAGGAAGCAGUGUGGAAUGUUCAUCAUGCGGGACAGCCAAUGCCAGGUGAGGAGCAGGAGGAAAUUGUAAUGACCGGUACUCAAUCUAAUAUUUUGAAUAUUACUUGUCCAUUGACUGGAAAACCUAUUACCGAGCUUGCAGAACCAGUUCGCAGUUUGGAAUGCAGGCACAUUUAUGAAAAGAAAGUAAUUAUGCAAUAUUUAAAGUCAAAGCAACACCGUGGUCGAUGCCCAAUAUCAGGUUGCCCAAAGAUAUUGCAGGCAGAUAAGCUGGUGCAUGAUCCGUUGUUACUGGUUGAGAUUGAUGAAAUGCGCAAAAUGAAUAAAGAAACUGAUGUAGAAGAUUUUACCAUGCUUAGUGAAGAUUAGGGAUUAAUUAAACCAACUGCUGAUAGGAUUUUAUCUGUAAAUUCUAGUAGUUUUGGACAUCCACUUGCUCGUGGUCCAUUACUUGUGUUAAUAUUUUUGGGCUGUGUACGCUUGUUUUCAGGAAAAGUGUAAUAUCCUAGACAUGCCAGACUUGCAAAUUUGCAACACUUGCAUAUAUCAGUGUUGUUUCUAUGAUGGCGUCAUGUUCCAUGAUUUAUCUCAUUGCUCAACCUUGCAGCCUGGUACUCUGCUUUGCCUGUUAUCUUUUUGUUUAUAAUUUUUGUUUUCCUACUUUCUAUUAUACUUCUGAUCUGACUCUACUGGAAGUUUAGAAUAUAAAUGUUACAAAAUAAUAGAGUAAAAAAAGGAUGACCCAAUGGACCGGACGAGAUUCCACCGAGUGGGGUGGGAAAUUGAACUUGUGAACACUAGGAUAUAACGCAGCAACCUCACUGCUGUGCUAAACUUUGCCCUCACAAAUGUUACAGAGUACAAAACGUAUUAUCCAUCUGUCCAGGAUAUAGGAUACAUUUUUUACUUCUAUUUUCAUUUGCAUUGAGGCUCUAUGUUCUUGUUUUCUUUUUCAUUUUCAGUGCACACGGGAUUUUUGCUCUAGUAACAUAUAAUUCCUUGCGGCUACCAAAUUA